UCUCAUAUCAAAAUCCCCCAAAAAAAACAUAUCCAACAAGCAAACCAUUUUUCUCUCCAUAUCAAAAUUAUCAAUCUGUAUUCUCCAACCAUGGCUUCAUCAACUCAUAAUCGCGAAAAUAUAUUUCACACUGUUACAUCAGCACCACCACCGACGCCUUCUACAACCACGAUCACCACGUCCGACUCAAACUCAAUCGAUCUCCUAUCCCGACUUCUCCAUCGUCUCCCACCAAAUCUCGCUAACACUCCCACACUUCUUCGUCGUCGCUCUUCCCUUUCCACGCCCACGACAACAUCUCCACUACUAAUCCCUUACACAAACCUCGACACCUCCUUACCUUCCGCUUUCAAACUCGGUUUUUUCCAACUAAUUGACCAUCCUAUUCCCUCCAAACUAGCUCAUUUAGCCAAGAUAGACUCACAAGCAAUACUCAACAUAUCCCAACACCAAAAACAACAACAUUUUCCUAGAAACUGGCCACUCGGUUUUGAAAACGACAUAGAAGACGAUAACAAAUCGUUGUUUCUUGACUCGUCUUGCUCGACAAAUGGUUCACUUGACUUUUCUAUAAAUUCGUUACGUGAGUUCACUAAAGAAAUGGAAAAAGUUGGUUUAUAUGUCAUGGAAGCAAUAACAUGUGCCUUAAGGUUACAUAACCCAACUUUAGAUGACCCGUCUAAUGUUUGUUCUUUGAUGUGGGUCUCUGAUGGUUCGGGUCAACCCGUAGAGAAAAUGAUCGGGUCGGGUCAGAUUUAUCCUUAUGUUAUCGGGUUGCAUUAUCAGUUUGCUAGUGAAAAAUGCUCUUUGUUGUCGGAUUCGGGUUGGGUAUCCGUUCAGUCGCAAAAGGACUCGAUUUUGGUCACGCUUGGUGAUAUUGCUCAGGUAUGGAGCAAUGGAAAGUUGAAGAAAAUAAGAGGAAACCCGACACUAAACAUUGAAGAAGAAGCAAAAGACAAAACUACCUUAUCGAUGUCUCUCUUGGUAACAUUGCCGUUAGAGAACACUGUAUCUACUCUUCCUUCGAGGGCGGUGAGUAACGAUGGGGACACCGACCACCACAACGACAAACACGAUCAAGAUGAGUUUGAUAAAUCGAAAGAAGAAGUUUUGUUUGAUUCAUUUUCCUUUGAAGAUUAUGCUUGGAGAGUGUACCAUGAAAGGGUUCCUCUCAAAGAUCCAUUAGAUAGAUAUCGCACCUCAAAGAAUUUGUGAUGAUCGAAUUAAUUAAUUAAGCUAUUUUUUGGAUUAAUUGUGUGUUUGAUAAACUAAGUUCAUUUUAUCUUGUAAAACCGUAUGAAUGUUGUUUUUUCCUGCCAGGUUUGAGUGAUACAUAUAUAAAUAUAAUAUAUAUAUAAUAUAA